GACUUAUUUAAUGAAGCAUUCAUGUGCAUAAAACAGAUUCAUUAUUACAUAAUCUUUGCUAACUCCGAUGAGGUUCGUUUGUCAAAUCAAAAGAAGUCUACCUUUUGAAAAGGAUAAUUUUUAAGCAGGUAUUGAACAUCAUUUUUAUCAAGUCCACAUUUCUGUGUUAAAAACGUUUUUCUAUUCUAUUUUGCCAAUAUACAAAGAAAAACCUUCAUUUUCGUUGUUUAUGUCAAUAUAGUUUAAAUGUUUACAGGUAAAUACGUUCCAGUGUUGGUUUGUGCAAAGGUUGUUGGCAAAUUCCUCUCAGCCAAUAAUUGUCAACUUUCCUUGUUUUCUUCAGACCUAACCAGUAAAACGUAGCCCCAUCUAUAUUAAAACACUGUUAGUGUUCGCUGGUGGGUAGUGUGCUUAACAGGAAAUGGGCUCCCAAAUCAAAAUAUACUUAAGGCUCCAUGCAUAGUGAAACUACCACAGUUUUUUUUUAACAAUGUUAAAGCAGGCAGAGACAGAAUCAGUGUCUAAAAUGGUACAGACAGAUAAUUAAGCAAAAUAAAUUUACCUUUACACAGACUUUAAAUUAACAGAAAGUUAAGUUACUGAAUGGACAUAACCAUUACUAAGUUUUAGUUGUCAGUUUCGCUGAUAGUUAUCAAGAAAGAGUGUAAAUAAGUCCUAAGACCUUACAUUCCUCAACGUGACAAGCUGUGAAUUUAAAAUGAGCACUUUUAGUUGUUUUGAAAUGACUAAAACGUAAUAGACAGCAUUUUGUUUUGGGAUUAUAGCUUCCUACUUUGUUUUUUUUUUUUUUUUUUUUUGUUGCUGCUGGUUCACACACUUGCUAGACUGGUUAAGCAAAUGAGGAAAAGCAAAUACCUACUGCUCUGCUCUGCCCAUUUCUCAAAAUACCUUAUUAAACAGCUAUUUCAAUUGGCAACGCCAAAAUCAAACAUUAGAACUCACUUCAAGGUUUUUCUGUAAUGGAUAUAAAUGAUCAGUAAUCAGUAAUGAACGUUAAGUCUCUAACAACGAUUUGUUCCUCAGAUGCUCUUUUUGUAUUCUGACAGAAAGUUGACACAAAUUGAAAAUGCAUGGUAGUAUUGCUCAACCGACCAUGACUGUCGUUUGACAGCUAAUUAUCUAGUCCAAGCAUUUUAUCAUUUAACCAAUCAGAAAAUCCAAGGGGCGGGGCAUGAUGCGGAAUAGGCCAAUCACAACUGAGCACAGCAGUACAACAGGCAGACAAUUUGUCUCAAGCUACAGUAUAUUAUGCUGCCAGUGCGAGUAAUUAGUGUCACACCAGCCGGUUUAAUUUCCACCAAAAAUUCAGAUAAUUUCCUGUUUUUUUUUUUAAUACUUCUUGCAUUUUUGCAGACAAACGGCUACGGCUUCAAAGGACGUCCCUUGUUUUCAAAGCAGGUACAGUCGCUGUCAUUUUGUUGAUGUCAUCCGCCGCGGAGCUGCAGCGACCUUCAAUUCCUCAACAAGGCUGGGCAGCAGGAUGGGACGCCCGCUUCAAGGUCUGUUGCUUUUCGCUGUCUGCGCUCUCCAUGUCGGGGGCUUGGAUUUCCAGCCGGGAUCCCAAGCUCUCACACAGUCGGUGUCCAUGAGGCGCUCCGGCGUGAAGGAGAGAGCCGCGCAAAUCGUGAAGAGGUCCCUGCCGUCGUGGCUGACCGCAUCGCACAACCACAGGAUAAGGCGAAGGAGCGCCGAGCAGAGCGAUUCGUGCAAACAGCACCAAGGGUUUCAGAGCAAGUUAACUGACAACACCCACAGUUUUAAGUUCGAUGAUCUGAGUGGCUCAGUGUCACUGGCCUGGGUUGGCGAUGGCACAGGGGUCAUUCUGACUUUGACCACAUUUCAGGUGCCUUUCUUCAUGUUAAGAUUUGGCCAGUCCAAACUCUACCGUAGUGAGAACUAUGGGAAGUCGUUUGAGGACGUGACCAGUUUAAUCAACAACACUUUCAUUUUAACGGAGUUUGGCAUAGCGAUCGGCCCUGAGAAUUCAGGCAAAGUGAUCCUGACAGCUGAAGUCUCUGGAGGUGAUGGGUAUCGUAUUUUUGUCUCCAGUGACUUUGGGAAGACAUUUGUCCACCAGGACUUGCCUUUCGAUCCCCUGAUACAGAUCUCAUACAAUCCUGAGAACUCUAAUGUGCUUGCAGUCCGUAGUAGCAGGAAUGAACUUUGGCUUUCUGAAGAUUUUGGACGCAGCUGGAAGAAGAUUCACGACAUGGUGUGCCUUUUUAAAUGGGCAAAGAAAAAUACCAUCUUCUUUACAGCCAGCAAAAAUGGAUCCUGCAGUGAUAGGGGAAUGUUCAAGCUGAAGAGGACCACAGACCUGGGUAAAACCGUCAAGAUUGUUGCCAGUAAGAUCUUCUCUUUUGGCCUGGGUGGACGCUUCCUCUUUGCUUCAAUAAUGACUGGAAAGGGCACUCUGAGGAUGAUCCACGUCUCCACUGAUCAGGGUGAGACCUGGAACAUGGCUCAGCUGCCUCCUGUUGGUCACGAGCAAUUCUACUCCAUCCUGUCAGCAAAUGACGAUAUGGUCUUCAUGCAUGUUGAUGAGCCUGGAGAUAGUGGUUUUGGUACAAUUUAUGUUUCGGAUGAUCGAGGCACAGUCUACUCCAAGUCACUGGAGCGCCACCUUUAUACAACCACAGGGGGCGACACUGACUUCACCAACGUCACUUCCCUGCGAGGAGUCUUCAUCACCAGUGUCUUGGCAGAAGAUAACUCUUUGCAGUCUGUGGUGUCCUUUGAUCAAGGAGGAGAGUGGGUUCCCCUGCGGAAACCUGUCAACACAGAGUGUGAUGCUACGGCCAAGGACCCAAACCAGUGCACUCUCCACAUUCAUGCGGCUUACAGCAUUGCUAUGAAGAUGAAAGUCCCCAUGCUGCCUCUGACUGAGCCCAACGCUGUGGGUCUAAUCUUAGCUCAUGGCAGUGUCGGGGAUGCCAUCUCUGUGAUGAAAUCGGAUGUGUAUGUGUCCGAUGAUGGGGGCUACUCCUGGAUGAAGGCUCUGACUGGGCCCCAUCACUAUGCUGUGCUGGACUCAGGGGGACUGCUGGUGGCUGUUGAGGACAAUGGCGAACCCAUCAACAAGAUCAAAUUUUCCACUGAUGAAGGACAAUGCUGGAGUGUUUACAUCUUCACCAAAGACCCAAUCUCGUUUACGGGGUUGGCAUCAGAGCCGGGAGCCCGCUCCAUGAAUGUCAGCAUCUGGGGCUACAGAAACUCCCUCAUCAGCCAGUACUGGGUCUCCUUUACCAUCGACUUCAGGGAACUCCUCACCAGAGACUGUGACGACAACGAUUAUGUGCAGUGGUUGGCUCACUCUGAUGACAUAAGCGACCCGAACGAUGGCUGCAUGCUGGGUUACAAAGAGAAGUUCCUGCGGCUCAGAAAGGACUCUGUUUGCUGGAAUGGACGUGAUUAUGUUGUGAACACACAGCCAACACCAUGUCAAUGCACCCUGGAUGACUUCUUGUGUGACUUUGGAUACUCUCGUAAAGAGAACAGCUCGGAGUGUGUGGAGCAGCUGGACCUGCAGGGCAAAGUGUUGGAGUUCUGCCUCAAUGGCAAAGAGGAGCAACUGCAGACCAGCGGGUACAGGAAAAUCCCUGGAGAUAAAUGUGUUGGAGGGGAGAUGCCUCAGCGUAAAGAGAUUGACCUCAGUAAGAGGUGUGUCAGUGAUCUGGUUGCUCCAGAGAUUCAGACAAAUAGUCACUCCUUUAAGUCUGUGGCUAUAGUGUUGGCAGUCAUCAUUGUCAUGCUUCUGAGUGUCGCAGCAGGAGUGAUCUUUGUAAGGAAAUAUGUCUGCGGUGGCAGGUUUUUGGUGCACAGGUACUCUGUGUUGCAGCAACACGUUGAGGACAAUGCAGCGGAUGGGAUGGACGAACCGCUGGACAACAACCACACUCCCAAUGGCAAAAUAGAGUUUCAUGAUGACUCCGAUGAGGAUCUGCUUGAAUAGCAGGCGCCACCUGUUAACCAAGCGAGCAACAGGUUUUCCUGCAGCCAGCCGCUGUUCCUGUCACUCACCUCUCUGGCUACUCCUUCCUUUCACCCACUGAUGUAAACUUCAGCCUCAGCGACAGACUGCUGUCAUUGUGAGGUCAAAUGAAUGUACGGAGGUUUCCUGAAACUUAAAGCCGCAGUUGAAGAGAACCAUGAAGGAAAUCUUGUCGCGUUUUAAGGUAUCUGUUUUGAGAGAGUUAUGAUCUUUGAGUAUUUUUUAAUUCAGUAAAUAAAGAUGCAGCUGAACUGCUGACAGAGAUUGACUAAAAAAUUGAGUUAUAUAAAGUCUCCUCUAUUUUACGGGUCCUGCCUCUUCCAUCUCAUGGAACUGUUCCUGGAAAAGUUUCUUUAUUUUACUUUUAAAUAUUUGUUUUCUUCAUUCAUUUGUACAAAAAUACAUUUUCUUUAACAGUUAUUAAUCAGAUAUCAGUCUGAGUGCUGGAACAGUCACAGCUGGCCUCUGGUUAAUAAUUCUCACGGACAAGUUGAGUCUUAAUCCUUUUUUAUGGAAGUACUUAUGCCAAAUGUUUCCAUGUUCCUGAGAGCUAGAAAUUUCACUAAUUGGUGAAGUCUUCCACUUUUCUGUGUUGUUGGAGUACAAGUCUGCAGAUCUUUGCAUUGUGGUGAAGUUACAAGAGAUGCACCGAUCAGAAUUUUCCUGGCCAAUACUGAUUUCCAGUUUUGAGCUCUGACCUUCCGAUCUUGACUGAUCUCCUUUUUUUUUUUUUUUUUCUCCAUUUUAAUGAAAAAAAAAACAAUGGUUAUUAGAUGUACUGCAGUUUUGAGCAGGUUGUAGUGUUGAAUCCAACAGAAAAUUAAGAAGUUAAGAUUAUCCAUAUUUAGGCAUAUUUUCCUUACCUCUUAUCUAUUUUUUUUUUUUUUUUUUUUUUUUUUUUUUUUUUUUUUUAGCAACCCUGAAGUCCAUAAAUGUAAAUGCUGUUUGCUGAUGCAUUCGUUGACUAUACAGGUACUUCUCAAAAAAUUAGCAUAUUGUGAUAAAGUUCAUUAUUUUCUAUAAUGUAAUGAUGAAAAUUUAACAUUCAUAUAUUUUAGAUUCAUUGCACACUAACUGAAAUAUUUCAGGUCUUUUAUU